UGUUGAAGUCGACCAUUGCCCUCAUGUUAUCAACCCUCUACCCGCAAAAGUUAUUCCCCAUCAAAUUAGCGUCUUUUGUAGUGCAUUACCACGAAGCCCACCAACUGCUCGACAAAAUUCCUCAACCAACAUUCCAACUCUCGAGACCGCCUCUUACAAACUCCCUCCAACUUCAGCUUGCGUCCAUCUCCCUUUCUGCAGCAAACGCUGCCAUUAUUGUGACUUCCCAAUAUUAGCUUUGGGUUCUUCUUCAACAGAAACCGCAGACGAUGAUCCAAGAAUCUCAAAUUACAUCCAUCUUCUUAUUCGCGAAAUGGAAGCAACGCAAACAAAUUUUAACCAACACCCACCUCUUGAAACUGUCUUCUUCGGUGGUGGCACGCCUUUGUUGGUGCCACCAAGACUCGUUGCUAAGGUCCUUGACACGUUGAGAUCGAAAUUUGGUUUGUGUUUGGAUCCCGAGAUAUCAAUGGAAAUGGACCCCGGAACAUUUGAUGCAAAGAAACUAAAAGAGUUGAUGGGAUUGGGUGUGAAUAGGGUGUGUUUAGGAGUUCAAGCAUUUCAAGAAGAGUUGUUGAAAGCUUGUGGGAGAGCUCAUGGUGUUGACGAGGUUCAUGAGGCAAUUGAGAUUAUUAAUUCAUGUGGUGUCAUGAAUUGGAGCAUGGAUCUCAUUUCUUCUCUCUCGCACCAAACUCAAGAAAUGUGGGAAGAGAGUUUGAAGCUCACUGUUGACGCCAACCCUAAUCAUGUCUCGAUUUAUGACCUUCAAGUUGAGAAAGACACCAAAUUUGGUUCAUUGUAUAUACUAGGUGAGUUUCCACUUCCAAACGACAUCCGAUCUGCAAAAUUCUACAGAAUGGCUUCAAAAAAUCUUUCAGAGGCUAAUUACGAGCAUUAUGAAGUCAGUAGUUAUAGCAAAAGUGGAUUUGAGUGCAAGCACAAUUACACAUACUGGAUAAACAAACCUUUUUACGCGUUUGGCUUAAGUUUUGCUAGUUAUAUCAAUGGAACAAGAUAUUCAAGACCAAAGAAGUUAAAAGAUUACACAGAUUAUGUCAAGAAUUUGGAGGGUGGAUUAGUUGAUUUGUGA